AUGUUUGGUCGUAUUGAAUCAACCUAUGUUGGUAUAGGUCUUGCAUUACGUGUAUUUCUUUUCUUGCAAACAAGAAUAAGAAAUUAUUUUGAAGAUAGUGGAGAAUUUGUUACACCAUUAAAUUCAUGGAAAAGAGUUAUCGAAGGAAUUUAUUUACGAAAACUCAAUCUUUCACCAUUUGUUGGGUCGAUUGUUCAUGAAGUACGUUAA